AUGUUUCUUGAUACACAAAAUCUCAUACUGUUAAUUGUGUUUCUAAUCGUCGGUGUUAUUGUAUUUAUCUGUUGUGUUUAUUGUUGUGCAUGUAAACCAGCGUGUGCUGAUGCACGUCGAAGUUUAAUUCGUCGACAAAUAGCGCGUGAUGAAGAAGCAAUCGAGCGGGAACGUGAAGCAAGUCGAGCUGAAUUACGUGGGACACUAUCUGCGCAUGAACAAGCGCGAAAUGAAGUUCGAGAGAAAUAUCAACUGAAGAAAUGA